CCUUGCCUCCUUGGUGUUAUUGAACCGCACUGCUGAAAUUCUGAAAGAGAAAGCCUGGCGGCUGCCUCUGCUUAUUUUCAAAAACUCAUCUCUACCUGUUCUUACUCUGAAUUAUUCCUGAUAAUAAAUUUUCACUUUCCGGUUUCUUGAUGGCAAUCUCUACUUUCUUUGCACCUGUGAACUCUCUUAAUCCUGUCGCUCCUUCUAUUUCUUCCUCGUUUUCUUUCAUUCCUUUCAAAAUGCAUCACCACCGCCUCAUGAGGGCUCAUAACAGCUCAAAUGGACCGUUGGCGAUUCACUGCUGUUAUGAAACGGGUCCUUCCUCGGACCCUAUGACUGUGAGGCAGGCUCAAAUGCCAUCCAUGGCUGCCUUUGGAGUGAAUGAAACUGGCUCAUCUAGACCAUCUUAUAAAUGGCAAAGAGUUUUGCUCAAAGUAAGUGGAGAAGCACUUGCUGGAGACAAUAUGCAAAAUAUUGACCCAAAGAUCACAAUGGCCAUUGCAAGAGAGGUUGCCUCAGUGACACGCCUGGGGAUUGAGGUUGCAAUUGUGGUCGGUGGGGGGAAUAUAUUCCGUGGAUCCUCUUGGGCGGGAAGUAGUGGCCUUGACCGUUCUUCUGCUGACUACAUUGGAAUGUUAGCCACUGUUAUGAAUGCUAUAUUUCUUCAAGCAACCAUGGAGAGUAUUGGCAUUCCAACAAGGGUUCAGACUGCGUUUCGCAUGUCAGAGGUUGCAGAACCAUAUAUUCGUCGAAGGGCUGUCAGGCAUUUGGAAAAAGGAAGAGUUGUAAUUUUUGCAGCUGGAACUGGGAAUCCAUUCUUCACCACAGAUACAGCUGCAGCCUUGCGUUGUGCAGAAAUUAAUGCAGAAGUUGUGUUGAAAGCUACAAAUGUUGACGGGGUAUAUGAUGAUGAUCCUAGGCGAAAUCCAAAUGCUCGCCUUCUUGAAACCCUAACUUACCAUGAGGUGACUUCAAAAGAUCUUUCAGUGAUGGACAUGACUGCCAUUACUUUGUGCCAUGAAAAUAAUAUUCCAGUUGUCGUCUUCAAUCUAUCCAAACCUGGAAACAUCUCAAAAGCAAUAAGGGGAGAAAGGGUUGGGACAUUGAUCGGAGGGGAAGCGAAAACAUCAGUUGCAAGGACAUGAUAUUGCUUAAUGUCAUUUGCUUGGUGGCUUUUUUUAAUGCAUUUUGGAGUUAGAUUUGAGGGUGUCUAUAAUUUAUGCCAAAAGAUUCAUCCCUGGAAGCAUUCUGGAAUUUUAAUUUGGAAGUUGGAGAUAAGAGCAUUGCUAAAAGUUCUAAGGUAAGGCAUCUCCAAAUUCCGAGUUGAGUAAUUGAGAUACUUAUUUCGGUUGAUUCUGUAAAUAAUUUGGUCAACUAUUGUAUUUCUUUUCAACUACUGAAUUUUGAAGCCAAUAAAAUGAAUUUAUUGGCGUACAAUACAUUGAAUGGAGAGAGAAAUUAAAAUAAAUUAGAUUAUUUUUCUGGAAAUUAACAC